UUAUUUUUUAUAUAUAUUUUAUUAUUUAGUUCCCCUUAAACGUGACUUUACCGAAAGAACCAAGAAUAUAAUAUAACUUAAAUAAAAAUUAAACUUAAGUUGUAAUUUUGACCAGAAGGAACAUAGGAUCUGUGGUAUUGAUGUCACUGUACAACCUAUGAACUUUGACAUGUUAUAAAAACUGACCAAAAAUUUAUUAUGCACUAUAUUUAGAGUUUGCAAAAAAAUAUUAAAUGGUUGUUGCUAUGUGUCCCACGCCGUUCCUUCAGCUGCUGUGAAAUAGUAUUUAAGAGGAAUGUAUGAAUGACUAGCCAACUGCAUACCUGUCAACACUUUAUCAGUGCCUUAUUAGAGACCAAUUCAGACCUUAUUGGUCACCCCUUGCCCUUAUAAAUGUCAAAUGUUCACCCAACAAAGUCGCAUCACAAGGGAGAAAGACAACAAAUGUGCGCAAAUGUCCGGCUGUACUCCGAAAGGACCUGAAAACUCAAUUUCCCUGUACAAGAAUAUGGGUAAACCGUAUGGAUUGACAGGGUAUGCAACUGUGCUAAAACGUAGGUGUGGGAAUGGAUGGGUAUGCUGCACUAGUUAACUGCACUCGAGGACAUUUAAUUUCAUGCUGAAAAAUUUGCCAUGUGUGUAAAUAAAAAAUUGCAGCAGGCUGUGAAAUGCAUCUGCAUGUCAUUCACAAAACAUGUAUGCAUCGAAAGAACCCAGCAGAUGUAUGCAUCUGUAUAUUGUGCAUGCUUUGCUAGUUACAUACUUCUUGAUGUAGGGUUUGUUAAUGUGCAAAAACAUGCACAAAGCUCAAGAUAAUGAAGCGUUUUGCAGAUGGUGGAGACUAAGUCUUAAAAUUAGUUUUGCAAUCUGCUGCUGGAUGAAGGCCUUCCCACUCCAUGUCGGUCGUGAGCUUUGACCAUUGUCGGUCAAGUGUGCGUUGAAGGAUUGCAACUCGCCACUCAUGAUAGCCGUGACCAGGAAUUUUACUCCGGUUGUCGGACACAUGCAGUGUGCUAACCACUGUCCACUACUAGUCUUAAGUAACAAUCCCACCUAUAUGUUUAAGUUAUUGUACCCGAUUAACAUUACAAUGACUGGCGAGAUGUUAACUACCUCGCUGGGUAUACAGGUGGUGGGUUCGACCCCGACCGCUGAUGCCUGCUGUAUAUUUAGAGUUUGCGUGUCUCGCUCCCCAUGGUCGUGUCGAUUUUUCCAUGAGCCUCCGAUUUUUCGCUCCACAUUUUGUAUCUACAUCCCGCGCUUAUUGUAUUUGGCUGUUAUAAAUAUCCACAUCAUGAUAAGCCACUUUGUUGAGCUGUCAUUUGUGAUAGCCAGGUCGCUUUUGAAAAACAAGGCAAUUAGCUCAGUGGGGCCCCUUACCUGGCAAAAUACAAAGUUUAGUUUAAAUCAUUCCCAUGACAAAUUAUGAAUACCAAACCAUUAGCUUAACACAUGCUUUUGCGACCAGUAUCAUCCAUAACACAGGUUUUAUUGGUUAGAUCGCGUAUGUGUCGUUAAAUCCGCCACCACCCGAUACAGCCAAUUAGUAGUAAGGUUUGUCACGUAAACAGAACAUGCCAAUUCGUCACUAGUACAGCACACAGUUGUGUUGGAGAGCAAAUCCACAACAUUUACAACCUGAGUACGACGUUUCGCCAGUAAUCACAACCGGCACCAUCAGGAGGCAGCCAGAUUUGGGGGGAAAAUCCUCAACAACAAAAAAAACGCCGCAUAUUACAAAACCAUUGUUGAUUUAAGGCUUUCGUGACUGCAGGAAUUCAUACUCUUUGGGGUCGUAUUUUAUUACUUAAUUUAUUUCCUACCUACGUGACUUUACCGAAAGAAACCAAAAAGUAUGAAAACCAUUGUUGUGUUUAACACGUGUAAAUCGAUUAGCGAGUAUCGAUUAACAUCGUGAAUCUCUUCUGGAUCGUUACGCGAGAGUCCAGCGCGGCGACGAAUCGGCAAGAAUCGACUCGAUAAUUUGGUGAGACGAGAAUCGAUUCUUCGCACGUCAGGCUCGGGUGCUGGUUCCGGGGCCCGCAGGCGGCCGCUCUCCCCCCCGCCCCCCCCCCAUCUGGAACGAGGUCGCUGUUGGUGCGGGUGGCUUCAGAGACGACGACGAGGAGGAGGAGGUUGGAGGCUCGCUGUGUUCGCUGCGAAGAUGUCGACCACGCAGAUCAAAGAGGAGAACACCGCCUUCGUCCCGUUAAUCCACGACAUCAUGAAGAGCAUGGAGAGAGACAACCAAGAGGUGCAGCAGGAGCUGAGUCGGCUGAAAUCGCGGAUUCAGGAGCUGCGCGAGACUGUCGCUGUGAUGCCGGGAAUCGACCUGAGCCCAGAGGAGCAACACAGAAGGCUGCAACACCUCCGUGAACAAGUCCACAUAAAGAACCAGCUGCUGCAGAAAUACAAAACCCUCUGCAUAUUUGAUAAUUCUAAGUGACUUCAUCUCGUCCAAGUAUUAGGUCCAGUCCAGAAGAGGAACCGGGGAAAGCUCCAGAAUUAUUGCUAAGAGGUCCGCAUAAAGAACCAGCUGCUGCAGAAAUUCAAACCCCCCUUGCAUAUUUGAUAACGCUAAAAGACUUACAGUUUUCCCUGCAGGAAAAAAAAAACUGGACAAUAUUGCCUUACAUGACUUUGAAAUGGCAAGAUUUGUGAAGGCGAUGCAGAUGUUGGCUGACUGACGCCUAGCUUGUUAAUGUAGUUGGUUAUCGAAAGAUGUUUAUUUUGUACAUCGUGAGUAACUUGUGUAAAUAAAGAUGAUAUAAGUUAACGUUCA